GCUGGUCCAGUGGCCUCGUUUGUAGCUGUCCAGCUUCGCGUUUCAACUUCACCCAUUCCAUCCAGCAUCGCGCCCAAAUAACGAAGCACCAUCAUGUCGCUUCCUCCAAGCUCUCCUCGGCUCCCAAGCCCGCCGCCUGCCCCCGAGAUCCAGAUUGGUCCCAAAUCGCCAGCCAUGGGCCCCAUCGCCAACCGCCAGGCGCAGCAAUACGAGAUGCCUACGAUAGACCUACUAUCUCAUCGUCGCAUCCAUCCGGGCACCAAGGCCGCCGAUAUGGCUGCCGGCCCUCCGUUGGUUCCUUUGCACCAGCUCGACUCGGCCUUCCAACUCCAGGAGCACUUGGCAGCACUCCAUUGGCACCAUACGGCCGGUAACACAACUCCCAUCACAAGGGAGACAGCCAAGAUUCUUGCGACGCCCCCUGCUCAUAUCGACAAGACGGUCUGGUUGUAUGAGCUUUGCCGCUUUUUGAUCACACAAUGCAACAACCUCAUUGUUGGUUUUCUGUUCGAUGAGCCGCCCUGCAGCGCAGCCACCUGCCCGGAGAUGCGUGCUAGCGAGUGGCAGUUCUUAUGUGCCGUGCAUGAUGCACCCAAGAGCUGCUGCGCAAUCGACUAUUGCUGUCACACCCUUGAUUGGGCGGCCAACACUGUGACCAAUCCCAAGUAUUUCCCUAGCCGCUUCUUCGUUGACACCCAUGACAAGAAUCUGGCUUUGAGACACUUGGUUAAUAUCUUUCGCCGCCUUCACCGCAUGUUUGCCCAUGCGUGGUUCCAACACCGCAGCGUUUUCUGGGCUGUCGAGGGCCAAACGGGCCUUUACAUCUUUUUCAAAACCGUUUGCGAUCACUUCAAGACUCUCCAACACGAGAACUUCCAGCUUCCUCCCGAGGCCGAGGGAUUGGAGAGCACGACCACUUCAUCAGGCGACGAUGAGGUUCCUCAAGUCGUGAUAGAGAAGCCCAAGACACAUCAACCUGGGGGGUCCGUUACUUUUGCGAAGCCUCCGGUGAUAGCAAGCCGGGGGACACCUGUUGGGGAGCCCGCUGAUGAUGAUAGUCUCAAUACUGCCGCAAUGAGGACCAAUACGAGGCGGCAUAUUAAGAGCAGCCCUUCGGUUGGCAGCGCCGUGACUACUGUUCCGGAAGCGGAGGAGGAGGAUGGCAGCAGCACAGCGAACUUGAGAGGGAAAUCAAAGGUCGCGCACAGAAGGGUUCCCGAAUUGGAGCCGGCCACGGAAGAAGAGAUGGAAACAGACAAUAUUCCCGUCAUUGUGUACCAUGGAACUACAGAGCCGCAGACGCCCCAUCAGCCAGCGGGUGAAGCCGAAACGACGGAAACCGAAGAUUCGACACCCGCCGAUACAGCACAAGCGCUCAAGAGCCUGUACAAGAGGGCGAACCUACAUCUGAAGAUCAGCCGACAGAGGAAAGCACUCCUGACGAGUCCAAAGAGGAAUCAGCAGAAGUCGGCGAUGAUGAAGUAAGAGAGCGAGGCAACGAGCAAGAAGAAAGCCCUGAAUCAGCGGGUGUCACUGCGCAUAAUGAGGUCGCAACAAGUGCAAUCCCAACAUCAGUGUUGGAGUCGGAAGAUAGUGAUGUUGAUACGCCAGAAU